AAGUCAAGGUGAAGACCAGGACAGUCCUUAAAAAGGCCUCCUUAUAGCCUAGAGUUGCUGCAGCACUCCCACUCCACUGCAGUCCAUCCUGCCGGCCAGCACCCAGCCACCAUGUGGGAGAUUGUGGCUCUCCUGCUGCUCACCUUAGCCUAUUUCUACUGGCCCAAGGUAAGGAACCCUGGUGCCAAGUACCCUAAGAGUCUCCCAUCUCUGCCCCUGGUGGGCAGCCUGCCAUUUCUUCCCAGGCGUGGUCAUCUGCAUGUCAACUUGUUCAAGCUGCAAGAAAAGUACGGCCCCAUCUAUUCUUUCCGUAUGGGUCCCAAGACUACAGUGGUUGUUGGCCACUACCAGCUGGCCAAGGAGGUGCUUAUUAAGAAGGGCAAGGAUUUCUCUGGGCGGCCCCAAGUGACCACUCUAGGUAUCCUGUCAGACAACCAAAAGGGCAUUGCCUUUGCUGACUACAACAACAACUGGCAGCUGCAUCGGAAACUGGUGCUGGCCACUUUUGCUCUGUUCAAGGACGGUGACCAGAAGCUAGAGAAGAUCAUAUGUCAGCAACUCAGUUUAUUGUGUGACAUGCUGGUCACUCACAAUGGAGAGUCCUUAGAUCUUUCUUUGCCUCUCUUCAUGGCGGUAACCAACGUAAUCUGCUUGAUUUGCUUCAAUUCCACCUACAAGUUUGGGGAUCCUGAUCUGACAGUGAUACAGAAUUACAACGAAGGCAUUCUGGAAUCUCUGGGCAAGGACAGUCUGGUAGACAUAUUCCCCUGGCUGAAGAUUUUCCCCAACAAAACCCUGGAAUUGUUGAGGAACUGUGUUAAGAUGCGAAAUAGUCUGCUGAAUAGAAUUUUUGAAAAAUAUAAGGAGAAAUUCAGGAGCGACUCUACCACCAACAUGUUGGACAUACUGAUCCAAGCCAAGAUGAACACAGAUAAUAACAACAGUGACCCAGACCAGGACCCAACGAUACUUUCAGAUGAACACAUUCUCGCCACUGUAGGGGACAUCUUUGGGGCUGGCGUAGAGACCACUACCUCUGUGAUAAAGUGGACUGUGGCCUUCCUGCUGCACAAUCCUCAGUUGAAGAAAAAGCUCCAAGAGGAAAUUGACCAGAAUAUAGGUUUUAGCCGUACACCAACAAUCAGCGACCGGCACCAUCUCAUCCUGCUAGAGGCCACCAUCCGAGAGGUGCUUCGUAUCCGGCCUGUGGCCCCUUUGCUCAUCCCCCACAAGGCUAACGUUGACUCAAGCAUCAGCGAGUUUGCCAUAGACAAGGGCACACAUGUUAUCAUCAAUCUGUGGGCACUACACCACAAUGAGAAGGAGUGGGACCAGCCGGACAAGUUCAUUCCUGAGCGCUUCUUGGAUCCAACGGGUAACCAGCUCAUCUCACCAUCAUUGAGCUACUUGCCAUUCGGAGCAGGCCCCCGCUCCUGUGUAGGUGAAGUCCUGGCCCGCCAGGAGCUCUUCCUCGUCAUGUCCUGGUUACUGCAGAGGUUCGACCUGGAGCUGCCAGAUGAUGGGCAGCUACCCUCCCUGGAAGGCAACCCCUCGGUAGUCUUUCUGAUCAAGCCUUUCAAAGUGAAGAUCAAGGUGCGCCAGGCCUGGAGGGAAGCCCAGGCUGAGGCUAGCACCUAGAGGAUGUACCUAACACCCCUGACUCCACCCGUCCGGCCCAGACAGGAUGGGAUUAGAUUAGAUUAGUGCAGAAUUAGAGUAGAGGUGUUCCUCCCACCUUUCCUUCCCUCCAUCCCCCUCCUCCAAGCCCACUCUGCCCUCUUUUCCAGCCUGCAACAAUGAUGUGCAUAAACCAUUUU